CAGUCACAGAGCCGGAGACAAAGAAGUAGGCUAAGACCUAGAGGAGCAGACUGAAGUCAGAGACCUCGAACAAGACCAAGUAACGGAGCCCGGGUGCCAGAGCUGCAGAGCAGAACUUGGGUCACCACCCUGCUGACAGAGAGGAGAGGAGGAAUGAAGCUGGGUGAGCCCACCACUCUAUUAUUGCCCAUGACCCUCAGCUCCCCUUGGUCCCCAUGCUCAGCACCUGGUCUCCUGUCCCCUCAUCUCUCCAUCCCCUUGUCCCUCCAUACCCUCAUCUCCCCAUCCCCUCAUCUCUCCACCACCUCAUCUCUCCAUCCCCUUAUCUCUCCAUUGCCCCAUCUCUCCAUCCCCUCAUUUCUCCAUCCCUCCAUUACACAGACAAGUCCAUGGGUUGCCUGCUGGUACUGAUGCUGAUGGCCACCAUGCUGACCAUGACAGAAACAGUUCCCACCCCCACACCGAGCAGAGCCCCUCUGGAUGCAAGGGGCUGCCACAUUGCCCAGUUCAAGUCUCUAUCCCCACAGGAGCUGCAGGCCUUCAAGAGGGCCAAGGAUGCCUUUGAGGAGACACUCUUGCUGAAGAACGGGAGCUGCAGCUCCCGUCUCUUCCCCAGGACCUGGGACCUGAAGCAGCUGCAGGUGUGGGAGCGCCCUGUGGCCUUGGAGGCUGAGCUGGCCCUGACUUUGAAGGUUCUGGAGACCGUGGUCGACUCAGCCCUGCGGGCCAUCCUGGACCAGCCCCUUCGCACGCUGCACCACAUCCACUCCAAGCUCCGGGCCUGUGUCCCAGUUAACCCCACAGCAGGUUCCGGACCCCAGAGCCGCCUCCACCGCUGGCUGCACAGGCUCCAGGAGGCCACAAAGAAGGAGUCCCGAACCUGCCUCGAGGCCUCUGUCACAUUCAACCUCUUCCGCCUCCUCACACGGGACCUGAAAUGUGUCGCCAGCAGAGACCAGUGUGCCUGA